UUAUUUUCAAGAGAAGUAUAGCUGAUUAUGAUCGGAAGAUAUGUUUAAUGGAUGGAAUGACCUUUGCUCUCAGACGCAGUGAUUGUAAACCAGUUUACAACAAUACUUUACAUCAAGAAUUAAGGCGAAAAAAGGAACCAUGCUCUGAUCCGUGUUACUUUAAAUUGGAUUAUACUAGGCGCUACUCUCAUUACUGUAUUCUACAAAAUGUUGAAUUACAGUUAAUGGUUGAUAGAAUACCAAUAACAUACCAUCAGAAACCAUGCAAGGAUGCUCCUAAUAAAUGCAUGUACGAUUUCAAGUUGGUGUGUUACAAAUCAUACGUAAAAGAAAACUCAAGCAUCGGAUCACUAUGCUUAAGAGACAGCCACUGCUCUUCAGAAUACAAGCUUCGAUGCCUUUAUAAAGGGAAACCGAACACCUCACCGUAUGGUUCCUGUGAAAUUAGAGAAUUUGUUGAGAAUAAUCAAACUUCUGUCACAGCAUCAAAGAAAUCAGAGGGCCAACAUAUAACACUAUCUAUAUUGGGUGGUAUUGUCAUCGGUAUAUCACUAACAGUCAUAGUAGUGAUGAUAAUGAGGAAGAAGGGACUUUGGAAAUAUAUUGAAAGAGGAGGAAAGAUCAACGAUGUUACAAAUGCUUUAUAUAAAGUUGAUUCCGUGCCAAGAGCAGAGGAAAUAAUACCGUGUGAAGAGAGAGACAUAUACAAUUUAAUAAACGAUUAUGAAUUUGCAGAACCUCAACAGCAUACCAAAGAACAAGAUGAACAUCAGAGGUCAAGUGAAGGAGAGAGGUCCUAUAAUCCUCUCUUUGAAAAGGAACAGAAAACACGUGAAAAUUAUCAGGAGUAUAAAUUUUCUAAUGAUGACAAUUAUACAGAUAUAAAAAGAUUCAGCAGUGAUUCUGUGAAAAACAUCGAAACGGAAGAGUAUUUUACCUUGGAGAAAACAUAG